UAAGGCGUUCACAUGAGUUUUGGUGUGUUCAUCCCCAUCUACUGUACACUGGUGCUUCAUACCACACCAACACACGCAUGGGCGAGUCAAAGGUUAUAGUGGAAUCAGGAAGUGACUCUGAAGCCAAGAUGGCGGCCAAGUCCCCCGCCCCCGAGGGCCAUCACUCCAAUUUAGUGAUGUUACUGACCAUGUUGGCCGGAGCCGCAGCGCUAGGAGCUGCUGUGUGGUUCCCCACGUCAGAGUUGGUUAAAGAACUUCACAGACUAGUCGUCAUCCUGGACAAAUCUCCGGCGGUCCAGAAUCCGCAGUCCGAACCCGUUCGCAAUGAAGCACCUGAGCAGUUACCACGUGAUUGCUAUGACAUAUACAAGUCUGGUCAGACAUCGGACGGACUAUAUACAGUACAUCCGUCCGAUAUACGGCGGGGACUACAGGUGCAUUGUGACAUGACGACGGACGGUGGGGGAUGGCUGACAUUCCAGAGACGUAUGGACGGCUCCGAAGUGUUUAAAAGAAAAUGGCAAGAUUACAUGUUUGGAUUUGGUGAUCCCGAGAAAGAGUUUUGGAUAGGAAAUGAGUUCCUUCACACGAUUCUGUCCCAGGGGUGGUACGAGUUACGGGUAGAUAUGGAGGACUUCAACGGAGAAAGGCGCUACGCCAAGUACAAACUAUUCCGCGUGGGGAACGGAUCCACGCGGUACCGUCUCAGUGUGGCGGGGUACUCAGGGGACGCAGGUGACUCUAUGGAGGUACACAAUGGGAUGAUGUUCUCCACUUUCGACCUGGACAACGACGGAGCGCCCGGUAACUGCGCGGAGAGCUUCAAGGGUGGAUUCUGGUACAAUAACUGCCACAACGCCAAUCCUAACGGGGUGUAUCUGGAAGGGGAGCACGAGACGCUCGCGGACGGAGUUAACUGGCACAGUUGGAGGGGCUACAAAUAUUCUAUGAAAUAUUUAGAUAUGAAAAUUAGGCCUGUAUGAUGAAAGUGUUGUGUGUGGCGCAUGUUGUAUGGAAGUACGUGUGUGACGUCAUCGAAGGGUCUACAUAGCAUUCUCUCUCACCCUUAGGAUACGAAAUCUGAUGAAAGGAACUGCGGGACGAUUUACCAGUGAUGCCGAGGAUGUAAGUUUAUGAGAGUGGAACCCUUGGAUUUUGAAGUUGUGUGUGAUUGAUGAGCGUGUAUCUGGUGUCGGGUCGUACAAUACCAGCCAUCGUUAUAUAUUGGUGUAAGAGGGUCAUCAUCUCUUCAUUUUCAAAUAUAUUGAGUUACUUCCCUUGAGCUGUAUGGUCUUUCAGAGAGUGUUAUGUGCCUAUGAAGAUAUUGUUGGUUAUUGUCGACUUAAUCAUGCUAUACAUGUAUAUUUCGAUUUCAUUUUCUUUCUCUUUACUGACUUUUUUUGAAAUAUUGUUAUUAUUUUUCCUUUUUGAAAUUUGUCUCAAUUUAAGCUUCAAUAUGUGGCUUGAUAUCGCCAAAUAAUUUCCUUUUAAGGUGGCCAAAACAUCCAUGUCAGCCAAAACUGAUUAAUUAAUAAUAUGAUUUCAUUAUUUAUUUUAAAUAUUUAAUAAUGUAUUUUAUUUUUCAAUCCUUUCCCGGAUGAGAAGUUGUGGAUAUUUGUUCCGUGAUAUGUACGGUCAAAAAGUAAACUCUCAGUUCUGUUGUAAAGAGUUCCCAAAUUAUAUGAUUAUAUCAUUUUGUUCAUGUAUGUAGAUAGAAUAGAUAUUAUUUGACAAGUAGUGUCUCUGAAUCCAUAGAAUACGACGUCAUAAUCACUUAGCACUAUGUCACUAUAUCACUUACUAGAGGAAGUCACAUGACACAUUAACACAAUAGAAUCUCAAAAAAUAUGAUAAAUUACUAUAACAAUAAAAUGUAUGUAAUACAAAA